AUGAAUGAGUUCUGGGAACUACAGGAGAAGAUUCUUUCAGCGUUUGGCGAAGUAGAACCAGAGAACCCAGUGCUACGCGUCCGAAAUAUUACACAGACUUCUCUUACUCUUGAAUGGGAUCCUUUGCAACUGCACACAUCGAGACUUCGCUCUUUGGAUAUAUACAAGAAUGAUACUAAGUUGGCACAGCACGUACCUAACGAUACAAACUACAUCAAACUAUCUGGAUUGGACGUUGAUCACGAAUACGAGUUCCACAUUGUUAUCAAAACGACGGCCGGACAAUUUGAAUCGAACCGCGUGCAAGCACGUACGCACAAGAUGGAAAAUCUGACGGGCAUUUCGGUCGCAUUUGGCAAGUUUGAACAACCAGACCCUGCCAUGACGGAAUUGAAGGAAUUGCUCGAGAAGAUGGGCGCACAUUGGUCAGAGGAAGUGACCAGCGAUACGACACAUUUGAUUGCUCAACAACCCGGUGGUGAUAACUAUGACAAGGCAAUGAUGAGCUCUAUACCAGUGGUCAAGCCAGAUUGGGUGAUCCAAUGUGAUAAGAACAGCAAGAUCCAGCCUGCUCUGCCAUACUAUAUUGUGAAUGUACCCGUUGGAAAUGAGUGA